CUAAUGUCGUAACACAUAUUUUCGGUAGAGUUGUUCGCGUCUUUAGUACUUUUGACUGCAUGUUAUCAAGGUCUUCCAGCGAGUUCUUAGUCGAUACAAGCUGUAAUUUCUUAUAGAAUUGAAGAAAACCUGGAACUAGACUGUAAAUUCGCCAACAAAUCAGCCUUUUGACCAUGAUGCCAGAUGGGGAAAGUGGCAACCAUUCAUCUACUUUAAAUUGGACUCCUGAAGAAGCAAGGAGACAGUUCAGUGACAACCUAUCAAUGCAACUCACGAACUCUUCAUCAGGCUUCUGUAGUGGUUAUCUUCAAACAAAUGUAACUAUUGUUCCCUCGUUGUUAGCAGAUGAUUUUACUGAAUUCUGUCGGUUGAACAGCGCUCCUUGUCCACUGCUGUAUCGCAGCAAGAUUGGUGAAGUUGGUGCACCUCCAUUAACCCCCAAAGGUUCAGACAUAAGAAAGGCGCUAACAAGAUACGAAGUCGUAAAGCACAAUAAAGAGAUGGGUGCUAACCACGUAUAUGAAACUUGUCAACUGAUCGAAUACCCUUGGCAUGACAUGGUUACUUUCUACACCGGAUGCAGUUUUUCUUUUCAAGACGCUUUGCUAAAGAAUGGUGUCCCAAUACGAAAUGUGGAAGAAGGAAAAGAUUGUUCCAUGUUUAUAACAAAUAUAGAAUGCAUGCCUGCUGGAAGGUUCAGCUGCCCUGGUAUGGUCGUAUCUAUGAGACCCAUUAAAAAAGAUCUUAUUGAAAAGGCUGUAGCCAUCACAGCAAGAUAUGAUGCAGUUCAUGGAGCACCAAUACAUAGGGAUCCAUCAAAGAUUGGUAUUGCAGACAUUCUCCAACCGGAAUUUGGAGACCCCUCGCAUUUUGAUGAUGGACAAAUUCCAUUGUUUUGGGCUUGCGGUCACUCAGGAACACUAGCAGUAAAAUCAGAAAAACCUGAUCAAUGUUUCUCUCAUUCUGUGCCUGGCGCUCUUUUUAUUUGUGAUAUCACUACCGAGGAGUAUUUUAAAAACAAGCCUCCACCACAUGGCGAUGAGCAGCCCAAGGUCAUUACUCUACAAGAUAAUCCGUUCUAUGCAUCUGUCCUUGGAACCAAUGCCUUCCAACAAAUCAAUCAUAUUGAAAGCCUCGUCCAAGAUGACCCUGGAAAAAGAGGUAUUGAGCAUCUUCACACUGCUGGUCAACUGGUUAAAGCAGCCUUAAGGGUGUCGCAUGCUUCAUCUGUUGCUAUAGUAACUGGAUUCCCAAUCAAUGUAGGUCAUGAUCCUCCAGACGAGACUGAUGGGCCUCCUGGUGCAUUAUCAAUGUGGGCUCUUGCCAUGGCUGUAUUCAUCUUACAAAACUGUCUCAUUCAUUCGCGAUACGUUAGACAUGGCAUUGGUGAACUCCAGGAAAGAUGUCAAGAAGAAGUACUAAACACGGUUGAUCAGGAGAGAAAGGUUCUCGAGUGGUUGGUGUCUCGUGGUGUUUGUGAUGGUAUACGACUCAAGCCUGUCAUGUCUGUUGAUGGCUUGGAUUUUGAUGACAUCCACGCCAACAAGCUGAAGACUCUACUGGCCACACUUCAGUAAGAAAUACCAAUUGCACAAGUUGUACUUUCCUGGCGUCGUGUUGUGCGCUCUUGAUGAAUUAUGCAGCCAGCGAGUUUGUAUUGUGUUUUAGUAUUUUUAACACAAGUGAAUUUGAUAAAUAGCGGAGAUAGAGUUCUUUUGUCUUUUGAAAUGUGAUUUAUCUCUGCAAGUGAUACAAAUCGACAAACGAGCGAGCGCGUACGCGAGUUAUAUAUAAUCACCUGUAGGUGAAUAUAGCAGCAUAAGACGUAAAUGAGCGCACCGGAUUUAUUAUAUUAUAUAAUAAAAUAUAUAUUAUAUAAAACCCUAUAGUAGGAUGUGAGGCCCCUGUUGGUUAAAUAUCAUCAUCAUCAUCAUUGUUGUUGCAUUGUUGCUAUUAUACAUAACGAUGAUUAACAAUGACAACGACAAAGGUACUUUUAAUUGAAACAAAAUCGGAAACUGAGUUUAUCGCUAAUAGUUCACCCCCUCAUCAGCGAGCACAGCAGUGGCACAACUGAACGGGGUUGAACUGAAAGCAAUGUGAAGGCGCCUCUUGUAGCCGCUAUAAAGUGCGUGUAUAUGACAACGGAGCACAGCUCUAGAAUUAGUAGGGGUUGGUGUUUGAGAGGAGAGAGGAAAAAGCGGAAAAAGGCUCGAAGACAGAAAGUAAAGCAACCAACACUGCUAACAAUCGAAUCGAUACCGCAGCGGUGAGGGGCGAGCGUUUCACCACAACGCUAUCCUGACUCCUAUUUCCUAUGACUGCACUUAGACAACACUUCGACCAUUUGAGGUAUUUAUUUCAUGUAAUAUAAACCCCUGCUCAUCUUUGAACCAAGAGAGACCCGUGACCCUGUCUUCCUUGAACAAAGCACACAUGCAGCCCAAGCAAUAUAUUUGUGGCAUGYACCGACGGGAUUUACUGUCAAUGCAUAGGACGAAAAAAUAUGUAGUUAAAAAUAAAUAAAUUUGAACAA